GGCGGCAGACGCAGCCCGGCAGAACAUGACUGCUCCCUUUCUUUGUUCAAUGUGCAUUUCAGGAUGUUUAAUUUGUAUUUUGUGAAAGCAUGUGAAUUGGCCAGCAUAUAAAUUAAAUGAGGAUAAGCAGUUUUGUCACUGUAAUAGCUCCUCUCAUCCUCAAGAUCUCCAAAGCAUCCUCAGACUGGGAUCUACAUGUAUUUCUCAAACCUAUCUUUGCUCUGGGAUUUGAUCACAGGCUGGUUUCUUCUGUACUUUCACAUACAACCCAUCUGAGAACUGAUCUGCUGGAACAGGGACUUGUGAGAGCUGGGUCAUAAGAUGGUGAAAGCACAAAGAUUUCACAGCAACACCUACAAGGAGUGUCAUGUAACAACUUAAAAUUUUCACGUGAAAACAGAAAAUGGCUUCAAGAGGAACAACAGAGACCAGUAAACUAAAACAAAACUUGGAAGAGCAAUUGGAUAGGUUAAUGCAGCAGCUUCAAGAUCUGGAGGAAUGCAGAGAGGAGCUAGAUGCAGAUGAGUAUGAGGAGACCAAAAAAGAAACUCUAGAACAGCUGAGUGAGAUCAAUGACUCCCUGAAGAAGAUUAUGUCUGGGGACAUGACUUUGGUGGAUGAGCUCAGCGGGAUGCAACUGGCAAUACAAGCAGCCAUCAGCCAAGCAUUUAAAACUCCAGAAGUAAUUAGAAUGUUUGCAAAGAAGCAACCAAGGCAAUUGAGGACAAAGCUGGCAGAGAUGGACCGAGACUUAAUGGUUGGGAAGUUGGGACGAGACCUGUACACGCAGCAGAAAGUGGAAAUCCUGACUGCCCUCAGAAAGCUUGGUGAGAAGCUCACUCCAGAUGAUGAGAUGUUCUUGUCAGCAAAUGCUGGUACAGCCCUGAGCCAAUUUGAGAGAGUCUCCACUGACCUUGGAUCAGGAGACAAAGUCUUUGCUCUAGCAAGUUUUGAAGUAGAAAAGGCCAAACAAUGAAGAGGUGCGUGAGGCUUGUGUCUCUCCAGUUAUCAGCUGCAUUGGACUUCUGUCAUACUACGUUUGUUUUUUCUAUUUUUCAUAUGUUCAAAAAAGGAAAAAAAAAAAUCCAAACCGUAAACCUCUUGGGUUCUUAACCAGAAGAUAUGAAGUAAACAGCCUUAAGUGCACUUUGGAACCUUGGUGUCUGUACCCCUUAUUAAUACAAGCUCUGAGGCUGAACACUAAGUGCUACUCUAAAACAAAAGCAUAGUAUGACUGUCUUUGGAAAGAAUCGGCUAUUUUGAACUUUUCUGAAUGUGUAUUUCUUUAACUAUUAAACAUAAUCUUUUCGCA